AUGGAAUAGUAACCACUCAGUAAUUAAAGAAACUUUAAUGACGACUAACUAACACAGAGGAGGGAGUUGACUGCAUAUGAAUCUUGUUUAGAUUGCUUUGGUUGUUUUUCAGGAUUUUUGAGAGCAUGGCUUCCAUGUGUAUUUUGUUGCUGUGAAAAUCCAUUCUUCGCAGUUCAAUAAAGCUCAUUGGGUUUAGUGGAGAAGUUCGGAAAAUAUAAUAGGAGUCUGCCACCUGGCUUAAAUCAGAUCAAUCCAUGCACAGAUACAGUCAUACAAGUGGAUUUGAGAACAAGAGUAUUAGAUUUAGAUAGAUAAAUUAUAUUGACAAAAGACAACAUUUAGGUUAACAUUGAUACUUGCAUGUAUUUUAGAAUUAUAGAUCCUGUCAGAGCUACCUACAGAGUUUCAAGAUUGACUUAAUCUGUUAAGGACAUGACAUAUGCAGCCCUAAGACAAGUGUGCGGGGAACAUUAGCUCCAGGAUUUAUUAGAACACAGAGAAAUGGUCCAAGAUUCGAUAGAAGCCUAUCUCGAUAAAUCAACUGAAUAAUGGGGAAUCUACAUUGAAGAAGUCUUUAUUAAGGAUAUGGUUCUGACACCUUAAAUGCAAUCUGAUUUAGCUGCUGCGGCUAAAAACAAAAGAAUCGCCUAAGCUAAAGUUAUAUCUGCUCAGGCCGAUGUAGAGAGUGCAAAGUUGAUGAAGGAGGCUGCCUAAGCUUUGGAUAGCAAAGCGGCUAUGCAGAUUAGAUUUCUAGAAACACUUCAACUAUUAGCCAAAGGACCUUCUUAGAAACUAAUGUUUUUGCCAUUAAGUCCAGAAUCUCAAGGUGCUCAUAAUGGAUGA